AUGCCUACGUUCAAGUCGCUUAACCCGCCCAUUCAUAUGCAAUAUGACCUCCCUAUCUGGACGUGGUUGUUCGAUAGUGCCUUCAGUCCUAUUGGCAACGUGCCCGUAUCAGAAGUGAAAGGCUACACAAAUGCAGCCACCAAGGAACAUCUCUCAUAUACAGACCUCAAGACUCACACGACCCAUCUGUCGACAGCCCUCACGAAGAAGUAUGGACUCAAGCAGGGCCAGACCGUGGCGCUCUUUGCUCCUAACACAGUCUGGUAUCCUUGCGCCAUGUUCGGCGUCAUUCGUGCCGGCGGCGUCGUCUCUGGCGCCAGCCCAGCAUACAAUACAGAAGAGAUGACAUACGCCCUCAAGACAGCCGAUGCAAAAUUCCUGUUCACCGUUCCUGGCAGCAUGGACGUUGCCGCUGCAGCAGCAAACGCUGCCGGCAUACCGAAAGAGCACGUCUUCCUGCUCGAAGGCACUCACGCUGGCCACACCAACAUGGCAGAACUCCUCAAGAUCGGCGGAUCGUAUGGCGAAACAGGUCAGAUCGAACAAUUCCGCCUGCCACCCGGCAAGAAGAACUCCGAGGUCUGCGGCUUCCUCUCCUUCUCCAGUGGCACGACCGGCCUGCCUAAAGCCGUCAUGAUCUCCCACGCCAACGUGAUGGGGCAAUGCUUCCAGAUCCGCCAGCUUUCUCCCACUAGCUUGAAGCGCAUUCUCGCCGUGCUUCCACUCUUCCACAUCACGGGCCUGGUCCACCAGAUGCACCUGCCGAUCCUCCUCAACGCCAACGUCUACAUGCUCCCCGCCUUCUCCAUGGAAGCCAUGCUCCAGACUGUCCAAGACUACAAACUCGAAGAGAUGCUGCUCGUCCCGCCCAUCCUCAUUCGAAUGGUCCGCGACCAGAAGACACUUGCCAAAUACGAUCUCUCCUCCCUGAAACGCUUCUCCAGCGGCGCCGCGCCCCUCUCCGCCGAGAUCCUGCAGCUCCUCGAGAAGACCUUCCCCGGCACUGGCUUCAAGCAAGGAUACGGAAUGACAGAAUCCUGCAGCUGCAUUACCGCGCACCCGCCGGAGAAGUACGACUACAGCUAUGCCUUCCGCGUCGGGUCGAUUGUCGCCAACACGGAAGUCAAGAUUAUCGUGAUGGGGUAUCUAAACAACGAGAAGGCGACAAAGGAGACGUUCGACAAGGACGGCUUUCUGCAUACGGGCGAUAUUGGGUCGAUCGACAAGGAGAAUUUCAUCACGAUCACAGAUCGGUUGAAGGAGAUGAUCAAGGUCAAAGGCAUUGGCGUCGCGCCUGCAGAGCUCGAAGAUCUCCUAUUGGGACAUGAGGACGUUGAGGACACAGCGGUCUUGGGCGUCUCAGACGACUAUGCUGGGGAGCGACCGAAGGCGUUUGUGGUGAUUCAGCAGGGAAAGAGGGGGAAUGCUGAACAGGUAGGCAAGAAGCUGAUACAGUACGUGAAGGAUAAGAAGGUGAGGCAUAAGUGGAUCGUGGAGAUUGAGGUCGUGGAUGAGAUCCCGAAGAGUCCGUCCGGGAAGAUCUUGAGGCGGGUGUUGAGAGAUCUUCAGAAGGAUAAGGGGAGGAAGAGUGUGGUGAUCAGGGAUAAUCGGGAGCAGGGCGCGAAGUUGUGA